GUAAACCUCAGAGGAAGAAGUUCAGUUUCACCGCGCACUGUUGUUGUUAUGUCGGUGUGCUGCCUUAAUACAAACGGUUAGACAAGUUUCUAAGAAAAAAAAAAUACAGAUUUUGAAUCAGUUCAGUAAAUACCUGUAAUAUCCUCGUCCUCACAGUCGUGACUGAGUUUUGAAGCUAGCAGGAAUAUCUGGAGGAGUUUAUCAUCUGAACUGAGAUCUGCUGCUGUGAAGAUGGAGUUUGUGAAAGAAGAGAGAGAAGAGAACACGAGUGAACCAGAAACCAGCAGAAUAAAACAUGAGGAACCAGAAAUAAAACACGAGGAAAGAGAAACCUGGAGAAUAAAACACGAGGAAACGGAAACCUGGAGAAUAAAACACGAGGAAACAGAAAUAAAACACGAGGAACCAGAAUCUUUGAUAAUUAAACACGAGGAACCAGAAACCUGGAGAAUAAAACACAAGGAAACAGAAAAAAAACACGAGGAACAAGGAGAGUUCAUUGAAGAAAAAGAGGAAAAUGAAGAAUCGAGUGAAGUUAAGGAGAAAAAUAAUGUCAAAACUGGUGGGAAAACUUUGACUUGCUCUCAAACCAAACAGAAAGAUUUAAAGAAAAAAAGAGUAAAGGUAUCUUUCACCUGCACUCAGUGUGGAAAGAGUUUCGCAUGUAAAUCAAAUCUUAAGCAUCACAUGAGAGUUCAUACUGGAGAGAAACCAUUCACUUACAAUCAGUGCGGGAAGAUUUUCACACAAUCAUCAAACCUUAAGGAUCACAUGAACAUCCACACUGGAGAGAAACCUUACAAGUGUUCAAACUGUGACAAGAGAUUCAGUGAUUUAUCAUCUCUGAAAACACAUGAGAGAUUUCACACUGGAGAGAAACCUUAUAAGUGUUCACACUGUGACAAGAGAUUCAGCCAAUCAUCACGUCUGAAAAAACAUGAGAGGAUCCACACUGGAGAGAAACCUUAUAAGUGUUCACACUGUGAAAAGAGAUUCUGUGUGUCAACAGAGCUGAAAACACAUGAGAGGAUUCACACUGGAGAGAAACCUUACAAGUGUUCACACUGUGACAAGAGAUUCAGUCGGUCAGGAUGUCUGAAAAAACAUGAGAGCACUCACACAGGAGCGAAACCUUAUAAGUGUUCAUACUGUGACAAGAGAUUCAGUCAGUCAUCAAAUCUGAAAAAACAUGAGAGGAUCCACACUGGAGAGAAACCUUACAAGUGUUCACACUGUGACAAGAGAUUCUGUGAUUCAUCAAGUCUGAAAAGACAUGAGAGGAUUCACACAGGAAAGAAACCUUACAAGUGUUCACACUGUGACCAGAGAUUCGGUGAUUCAUCAAGUCUGAAAAAACAUGAGAGGAUCCACACUGGAGAGAAACCUUACAAGUGUUCACACUGUGACCAGAGAUUCGGUGAUUCAUCAAGUCUGAAAAGACAUGAGAGGAUUCACACAGGAAAGAAACCUUACAAGUGUUUAAUCUGUGACAGGAAAUUCAGGGAUUCAUCGAGUCUGAAAAAACAUGAGAGGAUUCACACUGGAGAGAAAGCACAUCACCGCAAUGUACGUGGGAAGCGUUCCAUUAAGUCAUCUGUUAUACACAGUCAUACAAAAACCAACCACAGUAAGGCCCCGUACACUCGGAGACGCAUUUAGCUGUAUAUGUAAAUAUUUUGUAUGGUAUAUGCGUUUCGUCCAGACUGAUCCAGCAUUCGGGGGAAUGAAAACCCUAUAAAAAAAAAUAAAAAAAAACACGUUCCCAGAGUGGAUAAAACUGAAAAUGACACCUUUGGGUUUUUGUGUACUGCCAAUCCAUAUGUUUUGUAAAACAAUGAUGUCAUCACCCCACGUCUUGACCAUAUUCAUACACCGCUACGUCAUUUAACACCAACAACAAUGGAGGACUACAUAUUUGUGCUCAUGCUGCAGAAGCUACUGAGCCUGUAAGCUUGACUUAACUUACUAGUAGAGCAGCACGAUAUUGGAAAACAAUUCACAUCGCAAUGAUUUUUCUGAUUAUUAGGAACACCAUAGUAAUACAGUGUUUGACCCCCUUUCACCUUCAGAACUGCCUUAAUUCUACAUGGCAUUGAUUCAACAAGGUGCUGAAAGCAUUCUUUAGAAAUGUUGGCCCAUAUUGAUGGGAUAGUUGAUGGAGAUUUGUGCGAUGCACAUCCAGGGCACGCAGCUCCCGUUCCACCACAUCCCAAAGAUGCUCCAUUGGGUUGAGAUCUGGUGACUGUGGGGGCCAUUUUAGUACAGCGAACUCAUUGUCAUGUUUAAGAAACCAAUUUGAAAUGAUUCGAACUUUGUGACAUGGUGCAUUAUCCUGCUGGAAGUAGAAAACAUCCCCCACACCAUUACACCACCACCACCAGCAGCCUGCACAGUGGAAACAGGGCAUGAUGGAUCCAUGUUCUCAUUCUGUUUACGCCAAAUUCUGACUCUACCAUCCGAAUGUCUCAACAGAAAUCGACACUCAUCAGACCAGGCAACAUUUUUCCAGUCUUCAACUGUCCAAUUUUGGUGAGCUUGUGCAAAUUGUAGCCUCUUUUUCCCAUUUGUAGUGGAGAUGAGUGGUACCCGGAGGGGUCUUCUGCUGUUGUAGCUCAUCCUGCUUCAAGAUUCUGCGUGUUGUGGCUUCACAAAUGUUUUGCUGCAUACCUUGUUUGUAACGAGUGGUUAUUUAGGUCAAAGUUGCUCUUCUAUCAGCUUGAAUCAGUCGGCCCAUUCUCCUCUGACCUCUAGCAUCAACCAGGCAUUUUCGCCCACAGGACUGCCACAUACUGGAUGUUUUUCCCUUUUCACACCAUUCUUUGUAAACCCUAGAAAUGGUUGUGCGUUAAAAUCCCAGUAACUGAGCAGAUUGUGAAAUACUCAGACCGGCCCGUCUGGCACCAACAACCAUGCCACGCUCAAAAUUGCUUAAAUCACCUUUCUUUCCCAUUCUGACAUUCAGUUUGGAGUUCAGGAGAUUCUCUUGACCAGGACCACACCCUUAAAUGCAUUGAAGCAACUGCCAUGUGAUUGUGGAUUACAGACUUGCUCCCACUAGACCCGAUGCAACAGAGAGCGGCGCUGGACAAGACUUCUGUGUGUGUGUGUGUGUGUGUGUGUGUGUGUGCAGGAUACAGGAAAAUAAAAUGAUUCAUGGGACUCCACAAAUUAGAAAUAUCUAAACAUAAAAUUUGUUAAAAAAGGUUACAUUUCUUCAUUUUAAUAUUCCUUUAAAAAAGCAAGUUUGUCAUUAUUGUUGCUGUUUUCAUUUCAAAUAAAUAAAACAUUG